CAGGAUGGACAAUGCGAUCUUUCAUGUGCCUGUAAUUGACCAAUUUAAUUCUUCAGGGAAAUAUUGGACGAAACAAGAUGUUGACCCCAUAGCAGGCUAUCUGGAAGACUGGCUCAAGAGGGAAAUAGCUGACAACGACCUCUUGAAACACGACUUCCAGCCACAUUUAACGGCCAUGUCUCUGCGAGCGCCCGUCCGUGUGCUGUGGAUGGCGGCCGAAGAGCUUGGGUUGUCGGCGCCCACCAAAUAUCGCGCCCUUGAGAUAUUUAAUAGGUUCAUCAAGGGGCACGCAGCUACCUUGGCGGGUCACGUGACAAGCACCACAAACCCAGGCCGAGAGAGGAACCGACUCCUGGCGGAGGUAGCUCGGAGGGUGAGGCAGCAGGCACCGCUAAGGGCCUUUACCUGCCUCAUGAUCGCAUCCAAGACUGUUAGCCACAAGAAGGUAUUGCGCGCCCAGCAGGUACAGGCGCUCCUGAAGAAGGUGGGUCGCGACUACACCGUCUCGUCCAUCAUGAGUUCCGAAAGACGCAUCUUGGAGCAGAUCGAGUUCCGGUGCCUCAGAACCAGCUCGGUCUUGGACUUGGUAGGCCUAAUUGUGGCCGUGGUGUUGGUCUCCAAGAGCACGGACGGCAAACAUGUUCCAUUCAAGUCCGAGCAGCUGUACGAAGCGGCGGCCACGGUGCUCGACUUCGUGUUCCUGAAGCACGAGGAGGUGUAUCUGCAGCUUUACGCGUCCGUCACCGAUUCGAAAAUUAUUCCUCGGAAGCACAAAGCCGCCUUCCUGCCGGUCGUAGAAGACAGGCUCCUCCUGGCGGGAUCGGUGGUGGUGAGCGGCGCCUGGCUCGUGGGCGGCGAGGAGCUGGUCGAGUCUGCGGGCGGCCGCAUCGCCAGGCACACGGAGACGCCCCUGGAGGACCUCGUCAGCUUGGCCUCGUGCAUCCUGUACUUGGCGGGGUGCUCCUCAGAAAAUAGGAGAGCGUGGGUGCAGUAUCCCUCGCUGGAAUUUAACAGAGUAUUAAAAUCUACAAAGAGAAUUUAA